ACUGUGAUUUUAUUGGUAUAGGGAACUUCUGGAUGAGGAAAUUUUCUCUACCAAUUAAGUAACGGUAGUUUUAUCAUGUCACACACAUCCCCCCAAUAAAUUCCUGUGGCUUUUUAUUACCUCCAGGGGUAAAUACAAAAUGCUCUGUUUGGCAUUAAAACCCCUUCAUAACCUAGCCCCUCCUACCUUUGUAGCCUUUUUUCACUUUACUCCCUAACACGUACUCUUUGAUCCAGUGACACUGGCCUUCUGGCUCUUCCACAAAUAAAACACUUAAUCCCUCAGGUCCAGACAUUCUCACUGUCUGUCUGCCAUACCUGACACACUCUCCCUCCUCUACUCUGAUUACUGACCUCCCUGGCUUCCUUUAAGCUCCAACUAAAAUCCCGUCUCCUUCAGGAAGGCUUCCCCAGUCUCCCUUAAUUCCAGAAUAAAAGGAUUGUCUUGUUGCAUUUAUACCCCAGUUGAAGUAAAAAACGUAUAAUGUACUCCGUCAGCAGGAUUGUGUGACUUCUUCCAGCUCUCUUCAACAUAGGUGAAAAGAUAGCUAACCCUAGAUCAUACAAGUUUAUGUAUAAUUUCUCCCCCCUUUUGCUCUGCUUUGUAUUUGGAAAUGCCCAUUUUAUUUGGUGAUUAAGUUCAGAAUAAAAAAAAAUACAAAUAUAUACUCUUUGAGGGCAGGACUUACUUCACCUUUGUAUUUGUGUCUGAAGCACUUAGAACAAAGCCUGGCACAUAAGCCCUUUGCUGUAUGACAGUGGGCCUGUUUAUGUGGAUACGGAGAAAAAAAAAGAAAUGAUACUUAAUAAUACAGGGCAGAAUAUGCUUUAGCAGCUUAUAGGAGGGAGAAAAUAUUUUGGGUCAAAUAUUCCAGGAAAGUUUGGUGUGAGAGGCGUGCCUUGAGCUGGAAGGACAGAGAAAACUUGAACCAGGGAAGAAGAUACUCACCAGAGGUACAGAAGUGGGAAUAUGCAAGGCAUGGUCAGAGAAAUGAUAAAAUCAUUUUGACUUAGAUCCAUGAUAAACCAAUAAGGCCCAGAGGGUGGGUAGGGUCAGAUUGUGGAGGGCCUUGAAUUCCUGGCUGAGGAAAUUUACUUUCAUUGUGAGUUUCAUCGUUUUCAUGUAGGAUCUGGCAGAUGAAAGUCUUUUAGGACCCACACCUCCACUUCUCAUUGAACCAUCCAUCCUCUCCCCUACCUGUGAGAGCACAGGUUCUCUUUAGGGUUUCUCUCUUUUCCCAUUUCCCUCCUAUGGCUUUGUUCCUUGUUCUCUUUCCUUCUAUGGAGUAGGUGUGGGAAGCUGGGGGGCGGGGUUCAGUGGAGGUUCAGUGUAAUUCUUCCUUCCUCCCAUCUUCCCUCUCUUAGGUAUUUGUGGGAUGGUGACUAUCUCCUGGUAUGCCUCUAAUAUCACCCAAGAAUUCUUUGACCCCUUGUAUGCUGGGACCAAGUACGAGCUGGGCCCUGCCCUGUACCUAGGCUGGAGUGCCUCUCUGCUCUGCAUCAUCGGGGGUGUCUUACUCUGUGGCCACUGCUGCUGCCCAUCAGAGAGACGCUCAACAAGCGUACCCUACAAGACGUCCAUGACUGUAGUGCCCUCCAUGGGUCCGGCUCGCUUGCCCCCAGGGGCUUCAGAUAACACUGAAGUAAGCUUCGACAAAUACGGGAAAAACGCCUAUGUGUAGAGGGAC